CAAGAAAGGACUUCUUAACAAGCACUACUCUCUCUUUCUAAUUCUCAACAUUCUCUUACUUGAUCCCUCCAUUUCCAUUUCCAUUUCCAUUUCCAUUUCCACCACUCAUCAAACUCGAGAGAUCUGUCACCAAAUAAUUAUAUUAGUGACCAAUGAGGUGCAGCUUCUAAGAUUCUUGUCUUGUCCUGCAUCUACAAUCACUGCAACUCCGUAACAACUAUCAGCCUGACAAGAUGUUCAAGUCAUGGAGCAAGAAGAACAAGAUCAAAGCUGUGUUCAAACUCGAAUUUCAGGCAACUCAGGUGCCAAAGAUGAAGAAGUCUGCACUGAUGGUAUCUUUGGUUCCAGAUGAUGUUGGGAAACCAACUGUGAAACUGGAGAAAACUGAAGUUCAAGAUGGGGCCUGCAUAUGGGAGAAUCCAGUUUUUGAAUCAGUUAAACUUGUUAGGGAUGCUAAAUCAGGAAAAAUCCAUGAGAAAAUCUACCAUUUCAUUGUUUCCACUGGAUCUUCAAAAUCUGGCUUUCUUGGGGAAGCCUCAAUCGAUUUUGCUGAUUUUGUAGCAGAAGCUGAGCCAAUAACUGUCUCUCUACCCUUAAAAUUCGCCAAUUCCGGUGUAGUGUUACAUGUGACAAUUCAGAAUGUGGAAGGAUAUACUGCUGAAAGAAUUGGAGAAGAUAAUGGAGCUGAAGAACUUUAUAAUGACACAACCUUGAGACACCAACUGAGCUUUGGCAGUACAGAAGAAAGUUAUAAUGUUGAAGAAAAUGGGAACAUGGCCAAGACCAGAUCUGGAUAUUCUGAACAAAAUGCAUCUAACGGCAUUAGUCCUGGGGUAGCUUCAUGGGAGGAUCCUUAUAGUUUCAGAAAUACAUCACUGCCAUCAUCAAAAGGAACUGGUGAGGCCACCGAGAACCAAGUGCACAAGAGGUCUAACACAAACUGGUCUCUUGGUUCAGGAUCAGAUGGAAGUUUAAACAGCCUUGAAGAUAGUCUUCCAAGAUUCCAAGGACAUUCGGAUAACACCACUGAAAAGCUCAAAAGUGAAAUCACUUCUCUAAAGCGGCAAGCUGAAGUAUCAGACUUAGAGUUACAAUCUCUUCGAAAGCAGAUAGAAAAAGAAAGCACCCGGGGACAAAAUCUGUCGAGACAAAUUAUCAGUCUCAGAGAGGAGAGAGAUGUGUUCAAACUUAAGUAUGAGAAGCUCCAGUCCCAGCAGAGUUACAAUGAUGAGAGCAAAGCCUCAAGAGCCUUGAAGUCUGAGAUUGAAGAUACUAGGAUUCAGUUAGAGGCAGUUAAGGAAGAGCUUGUUUAUGAGAAAGAAACGAGUGCCAAUCUUCAGUUGCAACUGCACAAGACACAGAGCUCAAACUCGGAACUACUUUUGGCUGUGACAGACCUUGAAGCAAUGCUGGAACAAAAGAAUAAGGAAAUGUCAGAUCUUUCUACCAAUGUGAAAUCCCAAAAUAGUACUAGUCAGCGUGGUCAUGCUAGAGAAUUAGAUUUCUUGAGGCAGAAAAUUGCAGACCAGAAUGGCGAAAUAAACAUGUACUGCAAGCAAAAUGAAGAGCUAAACGAGCAUAUAAAAGAGCUCACUUUGGAGUAUGACCUUCUUAAGAAGGAAAAUGUUGAUAUCACUUUGAGAUUGAAGCAAGAUGAAGUUCAGCACCUUAAGUUACAAAAUGAACAUUCAGCUUCUUUGGUUACAAUACAACAACUCGAAUCACAAGUAGAAAGACUAGAAGAAAGGAUAAAGAUGCUGGAAGAUGAACAUUCAACAUCAUUGGUCUACAUCAAGGAACUUGAAAAUGAAGUUAAGUCUUUGGAGAAAGAACUGAAAAUGCAGGAAGAGAAAUUUGAAGAUGAUAUGCGUGCUAUCCAACGUGCGAAAGCUGAGCAGGAAGAACGAGCCAGCCAAGCCGAAGAGGCCUUGAAAAAGACAAGACACAAUAAUGCUGUUGCUUCAGAGCGGUUUCAGGAGGAAUAUAGAUUGCUUUCUGUUGAAAUGGCGGCCAAAGUUGAGGAGAAUGAAAAGAUGAAUGACAAAGCAGCUGCUGAAGCUGAUGAAUUGCGGCAGAAGAAUAGACUUAUAGAAGAAAUGCUCCAGAAAUGCAACCAAGAGCUCAGGCUAAUUUCAGAUCAGCACGAAUUGAAACAGCAAGAGCUAUUGAAGCAGAUAGAUUCAAAAGGAAAAGCAAUGGAACACAUGUCACAUGAAUUAGAAGUUAAAUCCAAACAACUUGAAGAAGCAAAAAGGCAAAGGGAUGAAAAGGAGGCUGCAUUUUCAAAGCAAAUUCAGUUGCUUAGAUCUCAGAUUAAAACAUCGUUGGCAGAGGAGUGCACAUUGUCUAAAUCCAAGCUAAAAAAGAACACAGCUGAGAUGGUAAGGAUAGAUGCACAAACAACAAAUGAUGAGGAGAUGGUGCUCAGCACCCUACUGUCAGAAGUGGAAAUCUUUAAGGUGCAGCACAAUGAAACAAAACAAAGUUUGCACAAAGAACAAGUGGAGAAAGAAGGUAUGAAGAAACAGAUAUCUCAAUUAGAAGGAGAGUUGAAGAAGAAGGAAGCGGAGUUAAGUGCUAUGGAGAAGAAGAUCAGGAAUAACAAAGGACGAGAUUAUGCCGCACCUCUUUCUUCUGCUAAGGCCCAGAUUAAGAAAUCAAAACCAGAAAUUGAGAAGGGAACGGAUGCGGGAAGCAAAUCAGCUAAGAACCAAGAUAGCGAGGUCCGAAUGCAUGAACUGUUGAAUGAAGUAUCAGCCCUUAAGGAAAAGAACAAGACCAUGGAAAGCGAGCUGAAAGAAAUGGAAGAUAGAUAUUCAGAGAUUAGUCUGAAAUUUGCAGAGGUUGAGGGAGAAAGACAGCAGCUCGUUAUGGCGGUACGCAAUCUCAAGAAUGGUAAGAAGAACUAGAAUGCAUCUUCAGAGGUUGUAAUGUCUCAGACAAAUCACACAUGGUUUGUGAAUGAAACAGAAUACAUCAUGAACCAAAUAUGACAAGUGCUUUGAACUUGGGGUGUGACCUUUAAUCCUGUACAUGAGAGCUAACAUUUUUACCUCAUACAAAUUUAACCAGUCCUUUUGCUCUUCAGCUUUGAGCCUUGUAUUUUAUUUAUAUAUAUAUCAUGUAACCAAUAACUUAUCAGUGAUUCUUUGGCGCUCCCUACAUCACGGUUCUGUUGUAAUUUCUGUAUCACACUUCAACUAUAUUUUUAAGACAAGAACUGCGAUGUUGAGCAUUUACAGGUACAGAAUGAGAACAUUUUCUUUUA